GAGGCCAGCGGCGGGGCGGGGCUUAUGGAGAUCGCGAGCUGGGCCUGAGGAGAAGACCGAGUUGGGAGCUGCGAGGGGCCGGGUUUAGCGGGGUGGGCGUGGCCGUCGAGGUGGGGCUUGGCGGGUCCGAAGGAACCUGGGGCAGAGCUAGAAGAGGGAAGGUCUUGGGAGCCCUGGGCCUCGGUCUGCGGGAGUCCCAUCUAGAGGGAUUCCGAGGCGGCGGCGGCGUCAGUCCAGGCCCAGCCCCGGGAGCUCAUCUUGUCCCCUUUCGCCCCUCACGCCCCCCAGCUCUCGACUCUAGGCCCUGUCCCCUGAGCUCUGCCCUCGGAUGUCCGACCGCCCAGAGCCUGCAUGCGCCGUGGGGCGCCCCAGGACCAGGAGCUGGUGGGUCCGGGGCCCCCUGGGCGGGGGUCCCGGGGCGCCCCUCCUCCCUUGGGACCCGUUGUCCCGGUUCUGGUCUUUCCCCCGGAUCUAGUAUUCAGGGCGGACCAGCGGAGCGGACCCCGACAGCUGCUGACCCUCUAUAACCCCACAGGAACUGCGCUUCGAUUCCGAGUCCUGUGCACAGCACCUGCCAAAUACACGGUGUUUGACGCAGAGGGAUAUGUGAAGCCUCAGUCUUGCAUUGACAUUGUGAUUCGCCAUGUGGCACCCAUUCCCAGCCACUAUGAUGUCCAGGACCGCUUCCGCAUUGAGCUGUCUGAGGAAGGAGCUGAGGGCCGAGUGGUGGGACGCAAGGACAUUACCUCUGUUCUGAGAGCCCCAGCCUACCCCCUUGAGCUUCAGGGACAGCCGGAUCCAGCGCCUCACCCAGGGCCUCCUGCUGGGACACCACCACCCACGGCCAGACACUUCCAGGAACACCCCCGCCAGCAACUGGCCACCAGCUCCUUCCUCCUCUUCUUGCUGACGGGGAUUGUCUCCGUGGCCUUCCUGCUGCUCCCACUCCAGGACGAACUCAGCAGCCAGCUGCCUCAAGUCCUGCACGUCUCCCUGGGACAAAAGUUGGUGGCCGCCUACGUCUUGGGCCUCCUCACCAUGGUGUUCCUCCGGACCUGAGCUCCCUGCUCAACCCCCCGCCCACCCCACCUCCCCCUCCCUGGGCAGGGUCUUAAGGCAGCCACUGUGAUGCUCAUACCUUGCCUUUCCUCCUACCCUCUUCUCUUUCCUGCCUACUCCCCCCUCCUCCCUCACAAAAAACACCCAGGGAUUUGUACUCGUUUUCCAAGCUGAAUAAAAUACAUUUUUAAAAUGAAAAUCA